CGUCCUCCGUCUCUUACUAUCGUCCUCCAUCCAUCUCUCACCAGUGCGAUGCCUGCUCCAGCUGUGUACAUUGCUUUCGCAGUCGUUGGAGUCGUCGCGGUGGGCGUUGCUUUCCACGAACUCGUUUACGAACCGCACAUCGCUCCCAAGUUUGAGGAAUGGGCAGAAUCAUUCUUAGAGAAACGUAGGCAGAGGCAGAGGAAUCGCCAGAGGACAGGGUCUGUACUCGCCCAUUCCCAUCCGUUUGAGGGAAGCGAGAAUGGCGCCAGACGAUCUGCCGAUAGCGGACAGGACAGGAGAGACGACGAGGACAACAAUGACACGGCAAUCGAGCUUGAACAGCUCGCAGCUAGGGAGAGAGACGCUUGGAGGCGCGAGGCGGCUUCCUCUGGCCUUCGGCAACGGCGACCAGUUGGUGCCAUGGACGACUCCAACCCCUCCAUCCCAUACCCUGCUAUGAGCCCGACUCAUGUCUUGUUUGACACAUCGGAACCUCCCUCGCCCGGCGUACGGUCCUCGUCCUCACUUUCAAGCGCGCCCUCCUCCUUGAACAGCAGUCCCUCUCAUCCGAUAAUCGAGCUAUCCGAGCCUCAACCACGUGUGGCGGAGGCGGCCUCUCCCCCGCCUCGCGGCAUGUCUCGAGGCUUGCCCACGCCGAUGUCGAACUUCUCUCCGCUCUCGUCGCGUGCAGCCACUCCUUCCACGACGCUUUCGGACCACUCUGUCUUCUCCUCCAGACGACCCACGCCCGACAUCAGUGCGUCGCAAGCCCUCACGUCUGCAUACAACACUCCGCUCGGCGGUUCGGUCAUUUCGGACUGCGGCCGGCCAGUGGAAGACAUCCAGUCGUUGCCGGGAUCACGAAUCCAGUCGCCUUUCUCCGACAUACAUUCCGUCGAUGCACGCAGCACCCCCGAGCACGUCUUCGCACGAUCCCCCAUUACCUCUCCGCGCGUGCAGUCCCCGAGCAUAGGCUCGGACCUGACCAUGGACUCGGACGAUGAGUUCGACAUCCUCUCCCCGCGUUCCGGAAUGUUCAGCCCUCCCAGCCGGGUCGGCGACUUCCACUUUGACGGCGCGAGCGACGCGUCCUGGAUGAGCGCAGGAAGGAGGACCCCCGAAUUCUGAGGACGAUACGCACGUUCAUCACCACCCGGCAUACUUUCUCGUCACGGCACACCUCGCACUCUGUAUCAUACACUGCACUCAUGAACUCCUGGAUCUGUACCAUCUAUUUCCGUCGUUUCGUUCGUUUCUUGUGGCUUUAGUUGGUCGUAAAUGUUGUAUUUGCUGUAGAAGAAGUGACAAAUACC